CCAGUUAAACCCCUAACCUUUCUUCCUCCUUCUCUUGUCCAUUCCUUUUUAUCCCUCGCUCUUGCUCAGAACUCUCUGUAACCUUCUUCUUUCAACACCUAACAUCCGCCAUGGGACUACAUUACCUUUUCCUCUUCCUUUCUUUCUCUGUAAUCUCCACCACCAUAUCAGCCCAUAAUAUCACCGACAUUCUCAGUGGCUUUCCGGAUUACUCAGAGUUCAACAAAUACCUUACCCAAACAAAGCUUGCUGACGAAAUAAACAGCCGAGAGACCAUUACCGUACUCGCCCUCAACAAUGGGGCGAUUUCCUCUAUUGCUAAACACCCCCUCCCCGUUAUCAAAAACAUCCUCAGCCUUCUUGUUUUACUUGACUACUAUGACCCAUCAAAGCUCCACCAGAUCUCCAAAGGAACCACCCUCUCCACCACCCUUUACCAAACUACCGGAAGUGCCCCCGGAAAUUUAGGAUUUGUCAACAUCACCGACCUCCAAGGCGGCAAAGUCGGGUUUGGCUCGGCUGCCCCUGGCUCCAAGCUUGAAUCUUCUUACACCAAGUCUGUGAAACAAGUUCCUUACAACAUCUCCGUCCUCGAGGUCAGCGCGCCGAUUAUUGCUCCCGGGAUCUUAGCGGCUCCGGCCCCAUCGCCUUCAGAUGUGAACAUAACGGCUUUGCUUGAAAAGGCUGGAUGCAAAACUUUUGCUAGUUUGCUUGUGUCGAGUGGUGUGCUUAAGACGUUUCAGUCAGCGGCUGAUAAGGGUUUGACUAUCUUUGCACCAAAUGAUGAGGCGUUUAAGGCUACUGGGGUUCCUGAUCUGAGCAAGCUCUCAAAUGCUGACCUCGUUUCGCUCUUACAGUAUCAUGCUGCCGCCAGAUACAGUCCUCUUGCGUCGUUGAAGACCAGCAAAGAUCCAAUUUCAACAUUGGCCACUAACGGCGCAGGGAAGUUCGAUCUGACAGUGACCAGUUCCGGUGACUCUGUCACUCUCCACACAGGAGUUGACUCAUCGAGAGUCGCCGACACAGUUCUUGACUCAACGCCUCUGUCGAUUCUCACUGUUGAUAAUGUGCUUCUCCCAUCAGAGUUGUUUGCGAAGUCUCCAUCUCCUGCUCCAGCACCCGAGCCUGUGAGCUCACCGUCUCCUUCUCCAGCCAAGUCGCCAAGUCCAGCUCCAGCUAGCGUCGAGGCACCGUCACCCCUGGCCGCUUCUCCACCUGCACCGCCGAUGGAGACUCCCGAGGGAGCACCAUCAGAUGCGCCGGCUGGAUCGGAAAAUAGCACAUCGGAUAAUGCUGCUGCCAUUCACGUGACUGCUCCGGCAUUGUUCACAGUGCUGCUCACUGUUUCCGCCAGUGUAAUUUGUUCGAUUCUCAUGGCCUGAAUCGUAAUUAUGUAGGUCUGUUAAUUUGAUUACUUCUUUUUUUUUUUUUUUUUUUUACUUUCCUUUUUGGAUAUUGAGUUGUUACUUUACUAGAGGUUUAUUUUAUUUUAAAUUUUAAUUUAUUCUGAUUUUUAAAUCAUGGGUACAAAGGGUGAAGUGAGCUAGCUGCUGCGCAUUCUAGCAGCAACAGUAUUGUUCUUUUCAAGAAACGAUUGUUAUCGGGUGUUUCGCUUUCCAUUAUUUUAAAUGUUAGAUCUGUCGGUUUUUGUGAUGAAGUGGAAUCCAAGCGCAGAAAUUGUUGUAUAUAGCUGUGAGCCCACGUGACUGGAGAGAGAUGUUGUGGGUACAUUUAUUAA